AGUGACUGGGGUGGAGAUUACCAACGUUCGCUCUCAUGCGAUUGGCCGACGAUUCAAAAUGUUGGUUAACGCAAGUGAUGCCGUGCCGAUGUUGUGACGUUAAGGAUUUUAUUGUGGCACAGCGCUGAUCGGCCGCGUCCUACGGACGGUUUUCGGACACGAGAUUUCAUUCUAAAUUCGGCGAACAUGGCGGCUGUGAGUUCGAUCUCGAAUGUCGAGAAUUUGUCGCCUCAGAUCAUACGCAGGGUGGCCAAGGAGAUGACAGAAUUGUCCACCCAGCCACCGGAAGGCAUUCGAGUUAUCAUCAACGAGGAAGACGUUACCGAUAUUCAAGCUGUCAUCGAAGGACCUGGUGGAACUCCUUACACCAAUGGUUUCUUUAGAGUUAAACUUACCCUGGCAAAAGAUUUCCCCCAGUCACCACCGAAAGCAUUUUUCCUUACAAAAAUCUUUCAUCCCAAUGUUGCAAAAAAUGGGGAAAUAUGUGUGAAUACUCUAAAGAAGGAUUGGACAUCGGAUCAGGGAAUUAAACAUAUAUUAUUGACAAUAAAGUGUUUACUGAUAGUACCAAACGCCGAAUCGGCAUUAAACGAAGAAGCUGGAAAAUUACUUUUAGAAAGGUAUGACGACUACUACGAGCGAGCAAAGAUGAUGACAGAAAUCCAUGCACAGGGAGGUGGGAAAGGCAGUAAAGCUGGUCUUGUUGAAAGCUGCACAUCCUCUGAAAUUGCAGGACCAUUACCGAAAAAACAUGCAGGAGACAAAAAGUUGACAGCAGAGAAGAAGAAGAUGUUAAAAGAUAAGAAGAGAACGCUCAAACGAUUAUAAGAAGUACCCCGACCAUCAUCCUCCUUUUUUUUUUUUCUAUAAUUUAAAACUGGUGUGGUUAAGAAUGUCUCAUAUUGUACACAGUAACUUCAUAGUAAAAAAUUUAUUACCUAAAAAUGAUGACUGAUCUUAUCAUUAAGUAUUUAGCAAAUUAUAAUACUAGUAUCUCAGAGUAAAAAUAUGACCGAGUUCAAAGUGCAAGUCCAUCUUUACUGUCAUUGGUGAAGUUGGCAGUCAUCGGACAAUCUUGUCCAUUCUUGUUACCUCUGCACUGGCACAUAUUUUUGCGUACAUGUACAAAAUAAUAUAUGUAACGAUGAAUUAGAUGAUUAUUUAAGCAAAAUAAACGUUUUCUCGUACUA